CGUGUCUUGUUUUUCUGCAUUCAAGGAGCGGGGCCGCGUUUGGCGAACUUCGGAUCACGAGGUGACACAAUGACUAACACCAAAGGUUAUCGUCGAGGCACCAGAUACUUAUUCUCUCGAAAAUUCAGGCACCAUGGACCUCUGCCGUCUUCGGUUUAUAUGCGAGUGUAUCGACGUGGUGAUAUCGUAGAUAUAAAGGGUGAUGGUGGUGUCCAAAAGGGUAUGCCCCACAAGUCAUAUCAUGGUCGAACUGGUCGCGUCUAUAACGUCACUCCACAUGCUGUUGGAAUAAUCGUCAAUAAACGUGUCGGUAAUCGUAUAAUUCCUAAACGAAUAAAUGUAAGGAUUGAACAUGUGAAGCCCAGUAAGUGCAGAGAAGAUUUCCUCCGUCGUGUGAAAGAGAAUGACGUAAAAAGACGGGAAGCAAAGGAAAGAAAUGUGUUUGUCCAACUGAAGCGACAGGUAAGUUGUCCCAUUUUCGUUUAUCAUAUUUGUCUUAGCCUGCCCAGCCAAGGAUAGCUCACUUCGUAAAGACCAAAAAUAAUCCAGUUGUCACUGUCCAUCCGUUACCUUAUGAACUCAUUGCUUAAAUCAAAUAUAAUUGUUAAUGGUCUGUAUUUCUUUUAAUUGUCGUACGUUUGUGUAGGUUGUAAAAGUGAUAAACAAUACGCUCUUUUGAAGAUUAGUUAGUUGAGUUUGUCGAGAACAAGUAGUUUCAUGUGACUGUUGACUGCUAUAUGGGUUUACUAGUCCACGUGUACAACAAAAUACCUUUAAAUGUAGUUUAAAUAUGUAGAAAAACUGCCGAAAAGACAACUUGUGUGGAAACGUGCGGGGGCUUAGAUUUUGUGCAGCGAGAUGCUUUCAACCGACGCAGUUGAUACUUUUAUCUACCUUAUUUAUGAUGCUUCCGUACCUCAAAACAAUGGUCGUGCUCAUUUUCUCACAAGUCAUCAGUUUGUUUUUUUCAGGAGAUUUGAAUGGUCUGAGAUUACCUAGACAUGUUUUGUAGGGUAAGUUCCCCAUGCUUUCCGGCUUAUAUUAUGACUCAGAAUACAUGAUGGGUAAACGGCGGGUUUGAAACUAUUCAGUUUCUUUUUAUUGCUAUUAUAGGCAGUGUGCGCAUUUUUAUUUAUGGUGUGAAGAAAUAAUGCAAUACUUGCUGCAGUUGUCUAACCCUUCUAUUUUUUAUUUUGGCGUAUUGUUAGAUUGAUACUUCGAACGUCGUAUCCUAGGAUCCAAAUGUUCCAUAAAUGCUACAAUGUUUUCGUCGAGACUGCUUGGUCGAUUGGUCUGCAUGGAUCUAGUAAAGCCAUGUUCUAUUAUCUGACAAAGGCAUUCGAAUGUCGACCAUUUGACAAUAGGUUAACAUCAGUGACUUGAAUAUUCCAAUGUGAAUUAAUUUGGUUUCGUUAGUGGCUGAGGAGACAAAUUAUACGAAUAUACAAGUUAUUUUUGGUCUACAGGUUUCAUCAAAGAUAUGCGUGUUCGUGAGAGAUUACUGAAUCCAAAAUUUUUCGGUGUCUGUUGCCUUAAAGUAAAGGAAUAACAGCCUUGCCAUAGCUUUGUUACUGGGUGGUUCGUCGCAUUUCCUACAGUUAUUCGUGACUGAUAAGCAUGUUUGUGAAGCUAAGUUACUUAUUUCGAUGCGUGUUCUUCCCUAAGAUCUUUUAGUAGAUUGUUCGUGUAGGAUGUAACACUUCCGUUUAUCUCUUUGCUUACUUGUCAGUUCCCGUAAAUUUAUCAGAUAUAUACAACCAUUCAAGUGAGGUUUAGUUUCGAGUGCAUUUCCUUCUACAGAUUAUUCCAUAAUAGGUAUGUAAAGUGACUAGAUGAGAAAGCUGGUGAGCUAGAAUCACAUGAGCUUGGGUUCCUCUAGAUCAUACACUGAAGGUUGUAGGAUAUUGUUUAGAAUUGGUUUUGUUCCUGGUGGCUCUGUAUUAAUUGUUGACAUCAUACUUUGUGGUUGUAAGUAGUAAUGUUCGUUUGUCAUUUAGACAGUAAUGUUUAUUCCUUACUACUGUUUCUGAUGACUUGAUUAUAGUUUUAGAUUCUAGCCAAAUGUUGCCAUUUCACUUGUUAGGUUAUUAACUAUCUAAAGCUCUCUUUGAUUGUAUCAUAUUUCCGUACAAAUAUUUAAAAGUUGUUGAAAACAUCUAAAUCCUGUAUUUUCUCUUGAAUUCACAUCUUUUCUAUAUGAAAUGGUGAAUUCUUGCUACAUGAGAUUCACUGAACACAACUCGUUAUAUCCAUCUAAUAUUAUGACUUCCUCAAGUUUAUGUAAGAUGGAAAUACUUCGAUGAACGUUAAGGACGGUGUAGUUCAUGAAAAAUCUAACCUUACUAUCAUUUCACACGCAUUCGUUGGUCUAAAACUGGCGUAUUUGUGCUCAUAUGACGAUAUCUAGUUAAUUGAGUAGUUAUGCUUAGCGACAUUUACAUACAUGAUCUCACUUCUAAAUGUACACGUGAAUUUCAACUGGAUGACCUGGUAUUCUGUACAUAACUAUUUAAGAAUUAAUGUAUGAGCCUUUCAGAUAAGUGUCUUAUUCAAACACUACAAUGAUAAUUAGUAUACGACUUGAUUAGAAAAAACUAAGGAUUGUGAGUUCAUUGUAUUUAUAUUUUGGAAAGAUAUGACACCUCAAUUUUAGCACCUUUCUGAACGGUUUUUUUCUGAGUUGUCAGUAUUGUUUGUAAAGGUGGGGUCAGAAUCUGCGAUAUAAUUCAUAAAUAGUAUCAACCUAAGCUAAAGAAUUUCAAGGCUCACCACUUAGUGUUUUGGAAGUCUAAAACCAAGUCUGCAAAAUAAUAACUCCAUUACUGAGAAUGAGCUUUAUUGAAACUUAACAUCUUCCCUUUUACAACGCAGUUACUCUUGUUGCUUGGUAUUCACUCGACUAGUCACAAAAAUAAACACGGAUGAACAGAAAUUAUAUUCCAAAUAAACAAGGUUGGAUGGAAGUAGUGUUUACACCAAGGGAAACGUUAUUUAUGAUUCUACACGAGAUUUUUGAGUCUUCUCUAAUUAUCUGCUAGUGCUGAUUGAGCUGGAUAUGACCACUCAGCCUUCCACAACACAAUUUCGCGCGGAAUGUGCUUUAAUCCAAUCUACAAUCUGCUAACUGAAACCAUUACAAAUAUUACUUGCAGGUAGUAAUCAUCUGCGUGUUUGUAAGGCACUGUUACUCCGCAUAUUUUUAUGCAAAUAAUAUUAGAUCUAAAUCAAUGUGCACACUUGAAUAUUGUGACGACCAAUCAACCAGAAUAAUAUGAGUUCCUAAGUAAAAUGUGUACAACAGGUAUUUUAAAGACCUAGUAGGUUAUUAGCAUUAUGUAAGAGAACGAAGAGUUGAGGAUAGUAAUCUGUAAUACAAUGUUUACUUUAUACAAGGCAGUUGAAAUUACGAUAUUUUGCAAUUGUACUACUUGAAUAAGAUUAUGAAUAUUCAUACAAAUUAUUUAUGAAUUAAUUGUAAUCUAAGCAAUGCUACAAUUUGUAGCUGUUAAGCACAUCAGCUAAAGAUGUGAGAUUAGAUCGCACAGAAAUUAAUGGAUAAAGACUAAGCGGUUGCGUUCAUUUGUUAGUGAAAUAUCCUACUACUAUUUACAUGUACAUACAUCCAUUCGCACUAAAUUUUAAUGGAAAAUUUAUUUCAGUUAACUCAUAGACUUGUCAUAUCUGCUCUCUUAACAAAUUUAUUUCGCUUCCUAUAGAAAAAGCGACUAGUGUUGGGUACACUACAUCUAUUUUAUGAAUAAACAAUAUUUAUUUAUUUAUCUGAACACAUAAAUAUGGGUACAAGAGAGCGCCAAUAUAUAUGCGCCACAC